AAAAUAUGUAAAUGCACCCAUUACAAUUCGACCUACCUAUAGAAACAAUUUAAUAAUGCAGAUAUCUGACCACGAAAACCUGCAGACCUUGAUGGUGACGGAAUUUUCUAUCAGUAGAGAAAAUGUGGUUCUUGAUACUAGUUGCCUUUAUUAGUUUACUUGUGUACCUCUCAAUUUUUAAGGUUAACACAUAUUGGACACGAAAAUGUGUGCCCCAACUGACACCACUCCCCCUCAUAGGAAACAUGGGUUCGAUUAUUCUUCGUAAAAAAGAGGUCUCCCAUAUCACACAGGACAUCUACAACUCCUUCCCAAAUUCAAGAUACAUUGGAAUCUACCAGUUCCGCAAACCAACCCUCUUCGUGCGCGAUCCCGAACUGAUCCGCCAAAUCACGAUCAAGUGCUUCAACAACUUUCCCGAGCACAGCCUCUUCAACAACGAUGAAAACGACGUCCCUAAAAACAAGGGUCUCUUCUCCCUCGGAGCAAAAAGCGGAUGGCACGACAUGCGCAAGCGACUGAAUGGCGGUUUCACCCCGAACAAGAUGAAGGACAUGUUCGGUAUCAUAAACGAAUCCGUGGACACCCUCGUUGAGUACCUUUCGGAACGUGAGGGCGCCGGCGUCGACAGCAGAGAACUAUUCACGCGACUGAACUGCAACGUUAUUCUCAACACGAUGUUCGGAAUCGAGUGCAAUUGUCUAAAAGAGCCACCUCACAAACUGUUCUCCAUGGGGAACGAAAUUAACGACUAUUCCAGUUGGAAAUUUGUACGAAUUUUUGCUACGACAAUAAGCAUGACCCUUACCAAGCUUCUUGAUAUUAAUCUGGUCAGAGGCGAGCUGUUCGUCCACUUCAUGCAGGCGAUAAAGGGUUCGUUGAGGGAGAGAGAACGGAAUAAAACAUUUAGGGGUGACAUGGUCGACUUCAUGUUAGACAACAAAGGCGAGACCGAUGAUGAACCUAGCGCGAAGAAGAUCAACCUAAAUGAAGACGAGAAAGCCAUGCAACUUUUUGGAUUUUUCAUCGGAGGGUACGACGCAAUUUCGGCGUUGUUAGCUUACUCAAGCUACGAGCUGGCGGUGAAUCCGGACAUUCAGAGGAGGCUCAGGGAGGAGGUUGAGGGAGUGACUCAUUUGACGUAUGAAAGUUUAAUGAAUAUGAAGUAUUUGGAUAUGGUUGUCUCAGAGGUUUUGCGAAAAUGGCCCAUUGCAGUGUUCAUCGAUCGGAAAUGUAUGGAGCAGUUCGUGAUACAACCGGAGCAUGCGAACGAGGCCGAGUUGAUCCUGGAGCCCGGCAUUCUUUGCUGGAUACCUAUCUAUGCGAUCCAUCGCGAUCCAAAGUACUAUCCCGAGCCUGAGAAAUUCGAUCCCGAACGUUUCAGCGAAAAAAAUAAACAUCAAAUUAACCGAUCGGUUUACUUUCCUUUCGGAGCAGGCCCGAGGACAUGCAUAGCGUCUAAAUUCUCGGUGUACGUUUGCAAGUUGGUAUUGGUGAGAAUUUUGCAAGAGUACCAAAUCGUCGAAUGUGAAGGUACGGUUCCGCCUUCGGAUGUGAGCAAGAUUGUCAUCUUUUUAUCAGGUUCUGGAUCGAAGGUGGCGUUUAAACGAAAGAAUUAAAAACUUGAUUUGCACAUA